AUGUCGGGAUACGGGUACGGGCCACCACCGCCGCCCCCGCCCCCUACAUCAAGCUCUUCAGGAGGCUAUAGUCGAGGAUCAAGCUCCCAGCGGCGUGGAGGCCCCCAUGGCCGUGGUCGUGGAGGACAGGGGCAUCACAACGGGCAGCGACAUGAGCACCAUGCUUCCCAGCCGCGGUACGAUUAUCCGCCCCAGCCAUAUGCGCAUCACCCUCUUGGUGCCACGAGCUAUCCCCCGACGCCUGCUGCCAGCUAUCCGCAUCAACCUCCCCCUCCUCCCCAAUGGGGACACGAGCACGUCGGCCAUCAUGCGCAUGCGCCGGCGCCAAUGCCAGCCGCUUCAUACUCUGCAUAUCCGCCUCAAAGCUACCCUCCGGUGCAUUACACUCAACCACAGCAGCAGGUUCCAUAUACACCGCCUCAACACUAUCCCUAUGGCGCGCCGCCGCCGCCGAUUCCAUCUCAGUGGAAUGGAUCGGCACAAACGCAUCAUCUUGGUGGCCGGCCAGCACGUGGCGGUUAUCAUGACAAGGGCCCAAGGGGUCCAGCCAGACCCCCAAACGGCAGUGGCUAUGCACAGCCCUACCAGCCUAGUCCACGCGCUCAUCACCCUCCUCAACACUUUCCCUACGGAGGGCCUCCUCCAACACCGCCGUCUGUCACCCACCACAAAGACUCGCAACAUGGGCAGUACCCACGUCGCGGUCGCGGAGGUCACCGAGAUGGCGGCAACCGUGGUCGGGGUGGCCACCACAACGACAGGCACCAUAAUAAACCGAAUCAAAAUCCCGUCCAGCACAACAACGAUUCCGCCUCUCAUGGAAAGAAGAAGAAGCGCAAGACCAAUACACUUGGCUUGACGCCUGGCACGGGGGAGGAAUCUGAGGAUGACGAGGGGGAGGAAAAGACGCUCAGUGAGCUGCUAGGACAGGAGGCAUUAAGUAAUAUCGGUGACGUUGCUGCCUUUUUAGCAGUGCGUCGACAGAACUACCCCACGAGAGCUCGUAUCGAGGCCAAAAAGGCUGCCGCGCAAGCGCAAAGAAACGAGGACAAGACUGCGUCACUCGAAAGGGAAGCAGACAAGCUGCGUAAGCAGCUACGCAAAGUAGAAUCGUCUAUCAAGCGAAAGCGAGAGCAGGGCGACGAAGGUGAUGAGAUGCGUGGCGCCUCGGAUAACUCGUCCGACGAUGGCCCCCCUGAAGCUCUAUCAACCAAGGCGUCGUCUACAACUAUACCCAGUCGGCCACUUCCUCCUGCUAUCGGAAAGAGAGCAGAUGUUACUAGACACUGCAAAUACUAUUCUACAGGUGGUACUUGCGGUAAGAAGGGCAAGUGCCGCUUCGUGCAUGACCCUGCGAUCCGCGAGGCUGCCAUCAAAGAACGCGAGGCCAACCAUGGCCGUUUGACCAUUCAGCAGCGCUUAAUCUUGAAUGACAAGGAGCAAGAAGAUUUAACGGUUUUGCGGUCUAUCCAGUACCUCCGUCAAAAGGGCAUCAUGCCAGACGCAAUCGCUGCGAGUGCGGCCGCGUUAAACGGGAGCAAGGAAAGCAGCGCCGAAAACGACACAGAGGUUAAAAAAGAGGCCACUUCAGCUGAUAAAGAUCCUGGCCCACCACUUGUCGUUUCAUCCACUUCUCCAUAUCAGCUACUACCGCCCCCGACAUCGCCACCGCAGGUAACCGUGAAGGUUGAGCCUGAUGUGAGCACGGCACAGAGUCACUCAAACGACAAGAUGGAGGUUGAAAGUGACGACUCAGACACUACCAAACACUACGAGGGAUGGCUCCUUCAACCCUAUGGCUCGAGCGGCAAAGGCAACGUUGCGCCGUGA